AUGCCGGCCGCCACCACCACCACAGUUUCGUCGGAGGGGUACGACCCCACCAAGAUCUGGACGACGCUGCUGACGAACCGCGGCUACUUCGGCGGGCUGCUGGUGCUGCACCACUCGCUGCGCAAGACGGGCAGCCGGUACCAGCUCAAGGUCAUGGUGACGCGCGACGUCGAGGCCGACGACGAGUACAUGCGCGCCUUCGCCGCCGCCGGCAUCGCCACCAUCGUCGUCGACAAGAUCGAGCCCGCGCCCCGCGACGGCAAGGUCAACAAGGGCACCUGGGAGAAGCUGGCGCCGUGGGGGUUCACCGAGUACGAGCGCGUCGUCCUCCUCGAUAGCGACCAGGUCAUCCUGCACAAGAUCGACGACAUGAUGGACGUCGAGAUCCCGAACGGCUGGAUCGCGAGCACGCACGCCUGUACGUGCAACCCGCGGAAGCUGCCGCACUACAGCAAGGACUGGGUCCCCGCCAACUGCGCCUUCACGGCCGCGAACCAGGAGACGGGCGAGCCGGCGCCCAUCACGGCCUCGAGCCCCAACAACCACCACCUGCUGAACAGCGGCACGGUGAUCGUGCAGCCGUCGCGUGCGCAGUGGGACGCCGUCAUCGACGCCAUGAACACGCACCCGGACGUGCCCAAGAUGCUCUUCUUCGACCAGGACCUGCUGGCCAUCGUGUACCGGGGGCGCUGGAAGCCGCUGCCCUACACGUACAACGCGCUCAAGCCGAUGCGCGCCUGCCAUUCGGGCUUGUGGAAGGACGGCGACGUCAAGAUCUUGCAUUAUAUCCUGAACAAGCCGUGGAAGAGCCGCCAGUAUGACGCUGAUGAUACUAUCGAGAGCACGCACAAGAUCUGGUGGGAUCACUGGGCUGAGGUCGAGAGGGAGUGGGCGGAGGGUGCGGAUGAGGAGAAGAUGACGCUGUGGAGGAAUGUGGCCGUGCCGGUUGUUGCGCAGGAGUAG